CAAGGGGAGGAGCCGCUGCCUCCCUGGUGCCCCCGCCGCCGUGAUGAGCUUCAGCCGCCUGUGCCGCCUGCUGAAGCCUGUACUUCUGUGCGGUGCUCUUGCCGCUCCCGGCGUGGCCAGCACAAUGUGCGCGUCCCGUGACGAUUGGCGCUGUGCUCAGUCCAUGCAUGAAUUCUCAGCCAAGGACAUCGACGGGCACAUGGUUAACCUGGACAAGUACCGGGGCUUUGUGUGCAUCGUCACCAACGUGGCCUCCCAAUGAGGCAAAACAGACGUAAACUACACUCAGCUCGUCGACCUGCACGCCCGAUAUGCUGAGUGCGGUUUACGGAUCCUGGCUUUCCCUUGCAACCAGUUCGGGAGGCAGGAGCCAGGGACUAAUGCCGAGAUCAAAGAGUUCGCUGCAGGCUAUAAUGUCAAAUUUGAUAUGUAUAGCAAGAUCUGUGUGAACGGAGAUGAUGCCCACCCUCUGUGGAAGUGGAUGAAAGUCCAGCCCAAGGGGAAGGGUAUCCUGGGAAAUGCCAUCAAAUGGAACUUCACCAAGUUCCUCAUUGACAAGAAUGGUUGCGUGGUGAAGCGGUAUGGUCCCAUGGAAGAGCCCCUGAUCAUAGAAAAGGACCUGCCCUGCUACCUCUAGCUCCACAAGCGUGCACCCCAUCCGAGCCCACCGCCCGCGCCCCUCGGAGCCUUCCACCCGGCACCUAUGACAGUCUGUCUAAAAACCAGCCCACUGGUGGGACAGACCCGAAAACCCGGCGUGCACCCCUGCCGGAGGAAGGCCCCUCGGCCAGGUCUGGCUCGAAGCUCGGCACCCCCAUCCUGGCCGCCUUGUAGGAAUAAAACGUACAAAUUGGA